AUGAUUUUGUUUAUGUUGCUAACAUUCAACAAGUAACAAAUUCUCCAAGGCUUUCUUACUUUUUAAAUAUUCAUGAAUCUGAUUUUACAAAAUCAAUUAUGUCAAUUUACAAUGGCAUAAACAGAAAUCAGCAGGUCUUUUUUCUCUCCUUUUAAUUCAGACGAUAGUAAGUCUUUUUUAUGACUUAUUAGAUUGGAAGACUUAUUUGGCUGAGUCCUCACCUUAUAUAACAGAUUGUGGAACAUCAUUCAUUUUUGGAGGUCUCUCAGUAUUUACUUACAAAACAGCAAUUACAAAGACUUUCAUUCUACCUACUCAUUAUAAGUUGAAGUUCGAAUUUAAAUUCUGGAGGUAUCUAUAAUUCUUCUAAUUUAGAUUAACAUCUUGGUCCGGGUCAUAUUACUCUUUUUAUAUUGAUGGCUCUAAACCAUAUAGUGACAAUCCAACCAUCUCAACAGGCACUUAAAUCUGUGGUAGUGGUACUCUAGGAUAAGUUUAUUAAAUUAGUGAAGAAAUUAACCAUAAUGGUAAUAGUGCAAUCGCUACCUUAAUUUCACUUUAAUCUGGUUCAUAUUGGGGGAUUUCUGAUUUUAUCAUAUAUGUGUAGAAAUGUCCUAAGGGAUGCGAUUACUGUGAUACUAGCGGAAACUGUUUAAAUUGGAACAGAGUGCUGGCUUUUUUUAAUUAAAUUCUUGUAACAGGAGGAUAAGGAUGGCAAAGAGAUUGCUUUCCCUAUGAUGGAACUGGACAAUGUGGAAGUAAAUUUAAGAUAUAUCUAGGUUUUGAAUUUUAUGGGCCUUUUUUAAUGACUGAAGUGAUUUCAAUUGAUUUACAUUUAACUGAUCCACAUACAAAGUUUAAAAUAUAAUUAAAAUUUUUGUGUGCAUAUGUGACUGGAAGUAUCACAAUAAGAGUAAAUUGUAAUGGAGUAUUAUUAACAAAUUAUGCAGACCCUUUAGAUCUUAUUAGUAGUAGUAAUAUCAUUUGCGGUUCAUAUUUAAGAUUAGAUAAAAUUGACCUAGGAGAAUUUAUAAGCAGUGCUUCAAUUUUGGUUAUUUCAUUAGAAAUUUCAGCAUUUACCACUGUGUCUAGUUAAACUCCUUUUUUUGGUAUAAGAGAUUUUGAAGUAUUUACAGAUGCAGAGAAAAAAUCAGUAUUCGACGAUGGAAUUAUUUGCAGUGACAAUAAUAUAUAUGCUUUUGACGGGUGUUUUUCCUAUAUUUAUGAUUGCAAUGAAGGUUGCAAUUAUUGUGUAAAGGGUCUUUGUAUUUAAUGUUUAUCUCCUUGGAUAUUAAAUAGAAUUUCAGGAUAAUGCGUCCCAAAUUGUGGAGAUUAAAUAGUUGUAUCCUCUGAAUAGUGCGAUGAUGGUAAUUAGCAGCCUUAUGAUGGAUGUUAUGAAUGUUAGUUUUCUUGUCCUUUAAAUUGUAAGGUUUGCUAAUAUGGAAAAUGUUUGAUUUGCAACUUGUCAUAUCAAUUAAUUGAUAAUAAAUGCUAAUUUUAUUGUAACGAUAAAGAGAAUGAAUUGAUAAAUCAAUAUUAAAGCUAAAAUUAAGUAGGCCACUAUUGUCAAAUUUCCAAUUUUUUAAUUAAUAAUUAUUAACAACAUGUCAUUUUAAAUACUGAUAUUUAGUUUUAAUAUGAUGGUGAUUCGUGCAAAUUUGAUAAUUAUGGAAUAUUUGCUUAUUAAUAUGAUAUGUGCCCUUUUGAAAUACCUCAGAACUGCAAAGUUGCUUUCUUAAAUUAAUGUCAGAUUUGCUAAGAUGAGUAUGAUGAAUCUAAUAAUAACUAUUGCAUUCCUAAAUGUGGCAAUGGAAUUGUUUAAGAAUAUGAAUAAUGUGAUGAUGCUAAUUUUGAAUAAUUUGAUGGGUGUUAUCACUGCAAUUAUAGUUGUCAACUAGAAUGUUUAGAAUGCUAUUAUUCUCAAUGUUUUCAAUGUAUUGAAGGGUGGAAUUUAAUUAAUUUUAUAUGUGUAUCUGAAUGUGGGGAUGGGAAAAUUGCAUUGCUUUAGUAGGAAUAAUGUGAUGACUAAAAUAAUCAAAGUAAUGAUGGAUGUUUUGAAUGUAAAUUUGAAUGCACAGAAAAUUGUCUAUUUUGCAAUCAUAGUUUAGAUUGUGUAUUAUGUUAGAAGCAUUUUGAAAAUUAGAAUAAUAUAUGUGUUCCUAUUUGUGGAGAUGGAAUAAUAGUUGAAGGAUAUGAAUAAUGCGAUGAUGGAAAUGAUGUUGAAUUUGAUGGUUGCUAUUAAUGCUAAUUCUCAUGUAAAUAAAAUUGUUUAAUAUGUGAUUAAUACUAAUGUUUAGACCCUCAAAAAAAAUAAUGUGAAAAUGGUUAUUAAUUAAUUGAUAAUUAAUGCCAUUCAAUUUGCGGAGAUUUAAUUAUUGCAUCUGAUGAGUAAUGUGAUGAUGCUAAUGAAAUUCCCUAUGAUGGAUGCUAUUAAUGUUAAUAUUCUUGCUCUUUAGAUUGUUUGAAUUGUAUGGAUGGAUAUUGUUUAACGUGUGAUCCUGGAUAUGAAAUCAAGAAUAAUCUCUGUCUCGACAUUUGUGGAAAUGGAAUUAAGUCAGUAAAAGAAGAAUGUGAUGAUAACAAUCUAAUUAAUCAAGAUGGAUGUUCUGAUGAAUGCAAAAUUGAAAUUAGUUGGAUUUGCUCACAAACAGAUUUAGAAACAAGUCUCUGUCUUUUAGUAACGCCUCCUCAUUUCAACUUAUUACUCAUUAAUCAAACUUAUGACUCUUUCUUUGUAUAAUUGUAAAUUACAAGCUAAGUCAAAUUACAAGAUUCCAAUUCAAACUUGACUUAAAAUUUGCAACUCUCCUUAUAUGAUAUUGAUCCCUCUCAUUAUAUUAUUUAUGAGUAUGUUUUAGUUGAGCCAAAUAUCAUAUCAGUAUAGGAUAUAAACUAUUUGUUUUAGAUUAAAUUUUUAGAAUAAGAAACUAUGGAUAUUUACUUUUAAGUCUCAUUCGACAUAGGACUUAUUGAUUAAUAUGGGUUUUCGGUUGAUAAUUAAUAAUGUAAAUUACACUUAAGAAAUCCAAUAGUUUUAAGUGAAACAUAAAGGAUAGUAUCUCAUAAAAUGAGCUCAUUAAAUAUGUAUAUGCUUAUUGGACUUGGUAUAUCUAGCUUGAUUAUAUUAUUAUCUGGCAAUCCUGUUGAAUGCUUUGAAGUUUUGGAUACCUUAUAGUAUUAAUCUAAUCUAAAAUACAUAAAUUCCAACUAUCCAGAAAAUAUUAUGAUUUAUUUUGAAUCCUCUGAAGUUGUAACAAUCAUUCCAGUUUUGGAAAAGUUAUAAUUUAUUGAUUUAUUUAAUGGUGUGAUUGGGUAGGAGCAGCUUCCAGCAUUUGAGAAAUUUCUAUUUUAUGAUGUCAAUGCUGAAUUAAUCAGUAAUUUAUCUGGGUUAAUUGCCUAAAUAGUGAUAGUAGUAUUAUUGCUAAUUGCAUCCAAAGUAUAUUUCUUGAUAUUCACUAAAAAAUGCUAUAAUCAAUUCAGGGUUUUCAUUUACAAUAACAAAAAAUUAUUUUUUAUUAAUAAGAUAGUCUUAAUAAUACAUAAACUUAAUUAAUUAUGCAUUAAAAUACAUUAACUCAUAUCUUUAAAUGGGCUUGUCUAUAUUAUUUAGGCAAAUAGUUGGGAUUUAAUUUUCAAGACUUUGUUGUAUCUCUAUUCUUAAAAGGAAAAUAAUUUAAGAAAUUAUUUGUAGAAUAUCCUUGCAUACUCAUUCAUAAUUUGUAAUUUAGUAAUACUCUCCUCAAUAUUUUCGUUAAAGAAUUCAUAAAAGGAAUUAAAGAAAAGAAAAAUACUUCUCCAUGAUGGUUUGAUAGUUGCGAAAAAAUUUUUUUUUCUUUUAGUUUUAAUCGGAUUUCAAAAAAAUUCACUAACACAGUCAGCUUUGCUAUCAUUAAUAAAUUCUUUUUACAUAACAAUAAUUAUUCUUGGUUAAAUCGUAUAAGAAAAAAUUGAUUUAAUUUUGAUUCUUAUGUUUGAAGUUCCAGUUAUAAUGUUUACUCUGCUUAAUAUUGCUUAUGAACAAAUUUAAUCAAAUUACUUAAGCUAUUAAUUUCAAAUUUUUAUUGGAUUUGUUUAGAUAGGACUUCUAUCCUUUGGNCUUAUGACUCUUUCUUUGUAUAAUUGUAAAUUACAAGCUAAGUCAAAUUACAAGAUUCCAAUUCAAACUUGA